AUCGCCCCGUAACCUGAGGUACCUGUAACGCUGGAGGGAGUGUAUCCGUAAAUAUUUCAAUAGAUUUAUCUCCCUUUAUUUUAAAAACGAAAACUACCGGAAGUCAAAAAGAUUACCCACAAUCUUUUACUUUCUACGUAUCCGUUGUCUUGUUUGUCUCGCACAUGUUUAUUUACAUCAUUUUCGAGUCGUUUGGACUGUUAGCGUGAAAAAAAAAUGACUCAUAUAACUAAACGGAAAUAUGUGGCAAAUGAAUUACUCUACGAAUUUGUUCUUCCAGAAAGCCAUCAAUACAUAGUUAAGGUGAAACACUGUCGUGGUAACAACUUGCAUGAAGUUUGGAAUGAAAAGGGAGAAGAACUUCUUGUCAGCAUGCCACCAAAGUUUCGAAACCAUUUUUACAUCUUAAAAGGGAUGUUUCUCAUAGUAGAGCCCAUAGCUGAAGGUGUAAAGGUGAAAGCUGAAAUUGUUAGAAUCCUUUAUAAGGAACAAAUAAAUUAUAUUAUUAGUAAAGGAGCAUGGCCUGAAGCUUUUGCUGCAGAUGUUGCUAAUAAAAAAGAUGAAGCACAGAUUCCUGAUGAUAUGUUACCACCUUCUGACUCCGAUGAAGAAGAUCUUGGUACUUUAGUAAAUAACUACAACAGACAUGUGUGUCCCGCUCAUAUUCCCAAUUCAGACUCCAGUGAUAGUGAGGAAGCCUCUGAUGACUGUGAUGAUAAUAACUCUGAGAAUGAGACUCUUUCUAAUAACGAGGCUGACUCAAAUAAUGACAGCAAAGACAGUUCAGAUGUAUUUAAGACAGAUAAUGACCAAAUAAGUCGAGUUUCUUCGAAUAUAUUAGAUUUAGAUAUAAAUAAAUCUGAUAAGUAACCUGUUACCCUUUAUCUCUUA